UGCAGCCAUUUAUUACUGAAACUGUCUAUCUAUAUGUAUGUACAAGAAUUUGGAGGGAGUGGAAAGAACAUCUGAUUACUGAUCUAAUAUGGCAAAUACUUCCCAUGCUCCACUUUUUGAGACCAAGAAAGUAAAGGGCAGCUUGAUUUACAAGCUCUUUGCAGCUUCCAUGUUUGUGGGAAUUGUUCUGAUUUGGAUCUACAGAGCAACUCAUGUUACUGAACAUGGGAGGUUUGUUUGGAUUGGAAUGUUUGCUGCAGAACUGUGGUUUGGCUUUUACUGGAUCCUCACUCAGGCUCAUCGUUGGAACCGCGUGUAUCGCCAAAACUUCAAAGACAGGCUCUCACAAAGGUACGAGAAUGAUUUGCCUGGAGUAGACGUUUUCGUCUGUACAGCUGAUCCUACGAUAGAGCCACCAAUGAUGGUAAUCAAUACUGUCUUAUCCGUGUUGGCGUAUGAUUACCCUCCGGAUAAACUAGCUGUGUAUCUCUCGGAUGAUGCUGGCUCGGACCUCACGUUCUAUGCCCUCUUGGAGGCCUCCCAUUUUGCUAAGCAUUGGAUACCAUAUUGCAAGAGAUUUGCAGUUGAGCCACGUUCACCGGAAGCUCAUUUUAGGCCGGUUUCUGACGAGUUGGAAGCAAUUCAGGCUCAACAUUUGGCUUCAGUCAAGAGAUUGUACCAAGGCAUGGAGGAUAGGAUUGAACUUGCAGCGAAACUUGGAAAGAUCCCCAAAAGUGCACUCUUGGAACACAGAGGAUUUUCCAAGUGGGAUUCAUUUUCGUCGAGAAGAGAUCAUGACACCAUACUGCAGAUACUGAUUGAUGGAAGAGAUGUAGAAGCUAAGGAUAGUGAAGGGUGUAGGCUGCCAACUUUGGUGUAUUUGGCUCGGGAGAAACGGUCCCAACAUUUUCACAACUUCAAAGCCGGAGCUAUGAAUGCAUUGAUAAGGGUGUCAUCAGAGAUCAGCAAUGGACCUAUAAUUCUAAAUGUCGAUUGUGAUAUGUACUCGAAUAACUCAGAAUCGAUUAGAGAUGCACUCUGCUUCUUCUUGGAUGAAGAGAAGGGCCAUGAUGUUGCCUUUGUGCAGUUUCCGCAGAAUUUUCAUAACCUUACCAAGAAUGACCUUUAUGGAGGCUCAAUGAGAGUAAUAAACCAGAUCGAAUUUCACGGUUUGGAUGGCUGUGGAGGGCCUAUGUAUAUUGGAACUGGCUGUUUUCACAGAAGGGACACUCUAUGUGGAAGAAAGUUUACAAAAGGAUCCCUGUUUGACUGGAAGCAAAGUACUGUUCCAAGAAAGGGAGAGACUGCGGCUGAAUUGGAAGAAAGAGUAAAAGAACUAGCAAGCUGCAAGUUCGAGAAAAACACUCAAUGGGGAAAGGAGAUGGGGUUAAAGUAUGGUUGCCCGGUUGAAGACGUGAUCACCGGGCUGUCAAUCCAAUGCCGAGGGUGGAAAUCCGUGUAUUUCAAUCCAGAAAGAAAGGGUUUCUUAGGUGUAGCCGGGACAACCCUCGAUCAAACACUAGUACAACACAAGAGAUGGUCAGAAGGAGACUUGCAGAUUUUUCUGUCAAAGCACAGUCCGGUGUGGAAAGGACUAGGCAGGAUAAAUUUUGGCCUCAUAAUGGGAUAUUGUGUUUAUUGCUUAUGGUCUCCCAAUUGCUUUGCUACACUGUACUACUCCAUCAUACCUUCUGUUUAUCUACUCAAAGGCGAUCCCUUGUUCCCGCAGGUCUCAAGCUUCUGGGUUCUUCCAUUUGUGUAUGUCAUCAUCGGUGAGCAUGCAUGCAGUCUUGCUGAGUAUCUCUGGUCUGGAGGGACGGUGUUAGGCUGGUGGAACGGGCAAAGAAUGUGGCUCUACAAAAGAACAAGCUCUUAUCUCUUUGCAGCGGUGGACACCUUGUUGAAGUUGGUGGGGUAUUCUGAUUCAGGGUUCGUCAUCUCGGCCAAAGUGUCUGAUAAGGACGUGUCACAGAGGUACAAGCAAGAGAAGAUGGAGUUUGGAGCCGUUUCCCCAAUGUUUACCUUACUGUCAUCACUGGCAAUGUUCAAUCUGUUUUGUUUAGCUCUGAUGGUUAUGAAAGUGAUCCGGGCUGGGGGGCUUCAAUCUGUUAAUGAAACUAUGGUUUUGCAGAUCCUUCUAUGUGGAACUCUGGUUUUGAUCAAUUUGCCACUGUACAGUGCAGCAUUCUUUCGAAAGGAUAAGGGCAGGAUGCCAAGCUCUGUCACACUUAAAUCCAUUUUGGUGGCUCUUUUGUUGUGCAGUUGCUAUGCUUUCUUGUGAAAAUUAUGUCAGGAUACGUGGCGGAGCUUGUAACUCAGGGCUAAACAGAGUCUCACUAAAAGCUGGAAUUGUUGGAUUAGCUUUGCUAGAGGAUCAGAAUGCAUGGUGUGAAAGACAGCUACUUCUUGAUUUAGAUUAUUUAAGAUAGAACAGAUUGAUUAUGAGUGGAAAUCUGGGUAGAAAUAUGUACCAUCAGUAGAUGCAAAUGCAAAGCAUGAAAUUUCAUACUAUAAUUUUCCCCUUUGGAGCAUGAAUCAAGUGCAGUCCUCAUUUCCUAGA